AUGGACGGCCUAGACGAGUUCGAAAAGACCAUCGCCGCCGAAAAGGCCGAAAGAGAACGCGCCGAAGAAAAGCGCAAUCGCAAACACAGACAUCACCAUCGACACGAAGACGGCGAACGCGAUAAAGAUGGACACAGACAUCGACACCGCCGAAGACACGAUGACGAAGAUGAUGGACAUAGAAGUAAACGAUCGCGACAUUCGCGCGAUGAUGAUGAUGGGCAUCGAUCGCGAAGACAUGGUGAUGAUAGACAUCGCAAGACGAAAGAUGCGAAAGAAGAUCUGCCCAUUCCAGAUGAAGAACAGCCUCCUAGUCAAGACACAGUCGACAGAUCAAAGUCUAUCCAGAGAGAUUCGUGGAUGACGGCCCCUUCUGGUAUUGAAAUCGAUUACGUCCAUCGUCCCGAUAAGAACAAGGAGCCACCUCCAAAAGAAGAGCCGAAGCGUGUCGUUUCGAAACGCGAGAUCAACACACACAUCGCAGAUAUCAACGAAGGCAAAACCCUCGACGAACUCGACAUCGAAGCGCAACCGGCCGUUGACUACACCUUCGGCGACGCUGGUUCUUCAUGGCGCAUGACCAAGCUCAAAGCCGUGUACACAGCAGCUGAAGAAAAUGGCCGCUCAGUAGAAGAAGUCGCCAUGGAACGAUUCGGAGAUCUACGCCACUUCGACGACGCGCGCGAGGAAAAAGAAGAGAUGGAACGACGAAGAAUCUACGGAAAGGAUUACAAGGGUCAUGAUAAGCCUACAGGCGAUCUCUACCGCGAAAGAGUCAAGAACCAGCGCAAAGACUCACCCGAACCCGAACAAGGCACAGUCAUCCCAGACGCUCACCCUCAAACAACUACAACUCCCGCAAUGGAUCAAACCGCUCUGAAUCGUCUGCGCGCGCAAAUGAUGAAAGCCAAACUCCGUCGCGCUCCCAACGCAGCACAGCUCGAAGAAGAAUACAACAAAGCAGCAGCAAUGUUCUCAGCCGCCCAAUCGAAUCCCGAAGCUGUCGUCCUCAGCGUAAUGGAUAACCGGCAAUUGGCUGGUACGAGGAACGAAACAAAGGCCAUCACCAACAAACGCGGUCGCGAACGUGGAAACGUCGAGGAGAAUACUGAAAUGACUAUUGAUGAUAUGGUUCGUGAAGAACGUCGUACAAAGGGCCAAGCAGGCGGUGAAGGACUCCGUCUAGCAGAACGUAUCGCGAAGGAUGGAAAAUAUGAUAAUGAUCUGGACUACAUGGACGAAAACGCCGAGAAGCUCGCUAAACGUAUUCACAAAUCUGACAUCAAUCUCAAGAAUAUGGCGGUUUCUGAGUUUCAGAAAAUGUCUAAGGCGUUGGAUAAUUGUCCCCUCUGUCAUCACGAAGACAAGAACCAACCACCCCUCGCGCCCGUCGUCGCCCUCGGAACACGCUGCUUUCUCACAAUUGCAACAGAACCUGAGAUUUCUACCGGAGGCGCGGUCAUUGCCCCGUUAGCGCAUCGGUCGAAUUUGCUAGAGUGCGAUGACGAUGAGUGGGAGGAGAUUCGCAAUUUCAUGAAGAGCUUGACGCGUAUGUAUCACGAGCAAGGAAGGGAAGUCGUCUUUUACGAGAACGCUGCGCAGCCGCAUCGUAGGAUGCACGCUGCUAUGGUCGCUGUACCAAUUCCCUACGAAGAAGGCGCCAUGGCACCUGCGUACUUCAAAGAAGCGUUCCUCUCGUCUGAUGAAGAGUGGAGUCAGCAUCGCAAGGUCAUCGACACAGGCGCCAAAGCACGCGAUGGCAUGGGCCGCUCAGCCUUCCGCCGCAGCAUCGCGAAGGAAAUGCCUUAUUUCCACGUCUGGUUCAACCUCGAUGGCGGACUGGGCCAUAUUGUUGAAGAUGCAGGACGCUGGCCCAAGGGCGACCUGUUCGCGCGCGAGGUUCUGGGUGGUAUCGUUGAUGCUGAGCCUCAUAUUAUUAAAAGGCAAGGAAAAUGGAUGAGAGGUGAUCCAAGAGUAGAAGGCUUCAAGAAAGGAUGGAGAAAGUUUGACUGGACGAGGAUGUUGGCUGAAGGAUAG